UCAUCAUCAUGGUGGACACGAAUCCUGGCGGAAAUGCCGGAACAGCCGUCAGCUCAGCCUCCUCCGCCCGCCUGCGACGCUUCGAUCGGACGGACAGUGAGCUGGCCUGCGAGGAGGCGGCCCGCCUGACGGCCGAACAGAGUCCAGAGGACGAGGACAACCAGGAGAAUGGCGAGGAGGAGGAUGACGACGAGGAGAGUGUCUACGGUGAGCUACCGCCUCCGCCGGACGGAGGAUACGGAUGGGUUAUCUGCUUCGCGAGCUUUAUGUGCAACAUGAUUGUUGAUGGCAUCGCCUACACCUUUGGCAUCUUCCUGGAGGAGUUCGUCAACUACUUCCACGAGGGCAAGGGCACCGUGGCCUGGGUGGGCAGCCUCCUGUCCGGAGUGUACCUCAGUGCCGGGCCGAUAGUCUCCGCCCUGGCCAACAAGUACGGGUGUCGAGCGGUCUGCAUCGCCGGCAGCAUCAUCGCCUGCAUCGCCUUCGUCCUGAGCACCUUCAGUAACUCGGUGGGAAUGCUGAUGGCCACCUACGGAUUCCUGGGAGGCUUUGGAUUCGGCAUGAUCUACCUGCCGGCUGUGGUGGCGGUGGGCUACUACUUCGAGACCAAACGGAGUCUGGCCACCGGAAUCGCCGUCUGCGGCUCCGGAUUCGGCACCUUCGCGUUCGCUCCCCUGGCCACCUACCUCCUGGGGGAGUAUGGCUGGAAGAACGCCCUCCUCAUCUUCGCCGGCAUGAUCCUGAACUGCGCCAUUUUCGGCGCCAUGAUGCGACCCCUGACGUACCCCAAGAAGAAGAAGGUCAAGCCCCUGAUGCAGAGGAUGUACGAGGAGAAGCAGCUGCAGCUGGAGCGCGGCUCCUUCGCUGGAUCCCACUUCAUGGUCCAACUGCCGGACGGCACUAUGGAGCGGAAGCUGAAGAUGCCCCUUAAUGCCGAUCCUGGUGUGCACUCGAGCCUCAAUCUGGAGCUGCUGGCCCAGCAGGCGGGAGGCGGUGGCCUGCAUCCCGUUUCCACGCUGCCCACCAUCACGGAAUCCAAGGUGGUGGACGUCCACCGCCAGAACGGCGCCCAGUCGCCGCCAAAUGGCGACAGCAACGGACAGUUGUCGGCCCGCUCGGCCGCCGGAGGACGACGCCCGCACAGGAAUUCGGAAUCGGAGAGCAGCCCCUAUCACUCCCAGGACGCCAUGACCCGGAACGCCUCGCAGCCCGCCUUCCUGGCCGGCGACCAUCAGAGCUUGCCCAAGAACGGAUCGGUGCCCUCGUUCAGUCGCGUCCGGAAGACCUCCGCCUCGGAGCGCUAUCAGCCAUCGCUGGCGGCGAUUCGGGCAUCCUCGCGAGGCGACCUGGAGGCUGGAGGUGCUGGAGGGGAUUACGCCUCGUCGAAGCUGUCCCUCUCGCAGCGCCAGGGUAGUCAGUCGGGCAGCAGCGGCCGGAUGGUGCGACCCAUGUCCCGCAAGGACAUCUUCUACUCCGGAUCCGUGACCAACCUGCCCCAGUACCAGUCCCAGAAGUCGCUGACCAACUACCGGAACUCGGUGCUAUCGCUAACCAAGUACGAGAAGAGCAUGCAGAGCGUGGCCAAGCUGGAUCCCCUGGCGGAGGCGGAGAAGCACCGCGAGGAGUACGACCUGUGCCCCUGCCUGGCCAUCCCGGACUCGGUCAAGUCGGUGGUGAACACCAUGCUGGAUGUGAGCCUGCUGAAGGAUCCCGUCUUCAUGCUGAUCGGAGUAUCGAAUAUCUUUGGAAUGGCGGGACUGUAUGUCCCGUUUGUCUACCUGGUGGAUGCGGCCCGGGAGCACAACAUUGAGAAGAACGACGCCGCCAUGCUGAUCUCCAUCAUUGGCAUCACCAACACAGUGGGCCGUGUGGUGUGCGGCUGGGUGGCGGACCUGCCCCAGGUCAACUCCCUGUUGCUCAACAACUGCUGCCUCCUGGUGUCCACCGUGGCCGUCACCCUGACCCCGCUCUGCUACAGCUACACGGCCUACAUCGUCAUGUCCAUAUUCUUCGGACUGGCCAUCUCGGGCUACAUCUCGCUGACGUCAAUUAUCCUGGUCGACCUGCUCGGCCUGGACAAGCUCACGAAUGCCUUCGGUCUGCUGAUCCUCUUCAGGGGAUUCGCCGCCCUCAUCGGAACUCCGCUGGCGGGCGCCAUUUACGACUUGACGCACACCUACGACCUGCCCUUCUACAUGGCCGGAGCCCUGUUUGCCAUCUCCACGGCCACCAGUUUCCUGGCGCCCUGCCUGAAGCGAUGCAGCGGCAGCGAGGAGACACCCGUUCACGUGGAGACCCUCACGCCCAUCGACGAGGAGCAGGGCGAGGAUGCCGAGGACGACGAGGAUCAGCCCAUCACCAUUGUGCCCAAGAUCAUCAAGACCCUGGCGAGUCCCCAGCAGGAGGAGGGGCAUCCCCAAUUCCCUCAGAAAACCAACGAGUCCAAGCUCUAAGUAGGAUCCGGAGGAUGAGUGCCAGCCGGCAGGUUAGAUGAAUUUAGGGGGAGGGGAUGGCCCGUGGGGGGUUGAGACACUAACUGGGGAGGGGGCGCGGCUCAAGAUCCGGAUAAAUAUUUUUCUAUUUACUUAUACAGCAGAGGAGUAAGAGGAGGAGGAGGAGAAGAUCAAAGAUCGGGCGCACCUAUUAUACAAAAAAAAACCACAAGAGAAGAUCCAGGAUCCAGUAUCCAGUAUCCAGAUGUAUGUAAGCCAUACCCAUUAUAGCACUAGGAGUACCGAGAUCGAGAGGAGAACUCAGCUUAGCUUGCGAUAAGAUAUGAAACCUUUGGCUAUAUAUAACUAUAUAUAAAGUAUAUACUACGCUCAUAAAUUACCGAUAACUGAUCCGAUCGAUAACUGAUAGUGAUCGAUAGUAGAUUAGAGCAACUGUUAUACAGCAAACCACAAAAUAAUGUAAAGUAACUUCUACUAUUAUUAUUAUAAUGAUUAUUAUUUGUUUGUUAAAACCCUACGAUUACUAUUAAAGAUUAUUGUGUGUAAUACUACCACCCCUAUUA